UUCUUGAUUUUGUUUGUGUACUGGACUAAAGAUCUUUUUCAUCUUAUUAAGAUUUCAUUGACUUUGCAAUAAUACAUAUCUAUUAAAAUUGGAUUUCGAUUUAACAGAUGACAACACCAAUUAACAAACCUAGAAUCAGCGGCCUGAAUGACCUAUGUCGACCUGUACAAGAUGAGUACCAUCUUAUGCCGCUUCCGCAGCUUCGGGAAGCAUUGUCGACUGAUCUGAACGACGGUCUGUCUUAUACUAGGCUUAGAAGAGCAUAUGAAAAAUACGGUAACAAUGAAUUUGUGAAGCCAAGACCUUGCUCUCAAUUUGUUUUGUUUUACUCAAAUUGCGUAGGCGGUAUACAGACAGGAUUGUGGAUUGUGACAUUUACCCUAUUCUUCGCGAACACCAUAGGAAUUUGGGACUCUUUGGCGCCCUCAGCUGACUGGAUUCAUUUUCAUGCGAUACGAGUACCAGCAGCGUAUUAUUAUCUACCGUUUGUCACAAGUUUUCUCAUAAUAAUCAACGCCUUGAUACUAACUCUGGUUCCAUAUCAUCAAUCAGCAGCUGCCAAGAGGUUCAAAAUGACAACCUAUCGGCCGAUUAUGGUAUGCAGAGAAGGUAAAACUCAACAAAUUGACGCCAGGUCCUUGCUACCCGGAGAUAUAGUGACAAAUUUGAGAUGCCCAGAUAUAAAACACAAUCUGAUCAUUCCAGCGGACAUGAGAAUUCUCGAAGUAAACAGCGAUCUCUACGUUUCGAUGGCGGCAUUUGCAGGCGACACAGAGCAGUUCACCAAGUCAACCUCAAUUACUCAUUACAACCCCAUUUUGAGUGAAAACUCUCUUCUGCAGGGCACAGUCUUACUGCAGGGGACAGUGGUGAAGGCGGUGGUUCUGAGAACGGGGGACAAAACUGUUUUCGGAAGGACGGCUCAUACUUUGUUUCUUGGCCAAAAGCAAAGAUUCGGAAACUUCAACGACGAAAUCCGUCACUUCAGCCAUUCUAUCAUCGCUAUUGUGCUGUUCCCAGGAGCAAUUUUACUGCUAGCAAUUAUAGCCAUGAAGUACCCAUUAGAAAUUGUUUUUAAAUACCUCAUUGGACACACGUUAGGCUGUAUACCAACGAGCAUAUUUGUGCUAUUUGCAAUUGCAUUAAGUAAAACCAAAGCAGUGUUGAAACAAAGAGCGAACAUUUUAAUGAAGAACGUCUUUGCUUUCGAUAGCUUAGCAUGCAUGACCGCUCUAGUGCUGGACAAAUCAGAAGUGCUGACUCAUUCAAGUUGUCACGUCACCCACCUGUACUAUGAUCGAGGCUAUAUCAACGUGAGGCGAGGGGGAGCGGGAGCAAUUGUACCUGAGAAGCGAAAUCAUGUUUACAAGCAGAUGAGAGAGAUAUCGGUGCUAUGUAGUUCUGUGCUGAUUUCCCGUCUGGGUAAAAAAGACGACGACAACUCAAUGAACAAAGUAGACCAUUCUGACCUGGCCAUCACCGAUUUUUUCUACGCCAAUUUCGAAGACAGGAAACACAUUGACGCUUUAGCCAUUGCCAGGAAGUACUACGAGCCACUAAACAGUGCAUUUGUCCAGUACUCGAUCAGUUAUUUAAAGUCAGGCGAGAGCAAGUACGCAUUCGUCGCACAAAUUAAAGGAGGCUUUGAAAGUGUUCUGAACAUGUGCACUCAAAUAAUGGAAUCUUCAACUAAGAAGAAAGGUGUCAUCCAAGUUCGUCGACUGUUGAAAUCCGAUAAAGAGAAAUUAAUCAGUGCGCAUAAGACGUUCGUCAGUGGCGAGGAAACAGUUAUCGCUCUAGCGAGACGAGUCCUGGACGCGGACAGGUUCAAGGCGAAUCACAAUUUCUACGACAUCAGGGCAGCUAUGGAUGGAAAAACGCAAGUUCCUCGAGAGGGAUUCUGCUUUAUAGGGAUGAUAUCCUUCAAACAGAAUAUAGCAGACGGGGCUGAUAAACUGGUGAAAACUUGCAAGCAUGCUGGAAUUAAGACGGUUAUUGUUACAAGUGACGACAAAGAAACCGCUGAAAAAUUUGCGCGAAAAGCAGGUCUGAUCACAACCAACGUUAUGUACAAUAAAAUGGAUAACAAAAUCAAGCCCCAGGACUUAGUGAUCAGUCAACGCAGAGACGCAGAAAACACUGAGCUGGAAAAAAUACUGGAAGGACGAGGUAAGUUAGUCAACUCUGCGACUUCGAGAGAGUAUGUCAGUAUGGUCAUGACAGGAAACGACAUAAAGUUCUUCCAAGAUUUCGACAACUUCUUCGCGACUAAGCUGAAAAAAGACAAGAAGAGUAAAUACAAACAAUAUGAGGGCGCCAGACCUAUUAUGGAGUCGCUUGUCAAGAAUUUACAGGAGAUCGUAAUUGCAAGAGCAUCACCUGAGAAUAAGUUUAAAAUUGUGAAAUUACUGCAAGGCUUGGGACAUGUAACCGGUGUAACAGGAAGUACGUUUGCGGAUUCGCAGGUGUUGAAACGUGCCGACAUUGGGUUCGCAACGUUUGGAGCUCCCAUGAUAACUCGCGCGUGUGCUGACGUUUUGAUACGAGAGGUGGGGGAAGAAAAAGUUUCGGCCGAGAGGAAACUGAAGGGGACUUCUGAUAAAGCGCUGGCUGAUAUGAGUGGAGGAAGUAAAGACAAGAAACAUUUCGGCGAUCCAGAAACGCCUAUGACGCUCAGACCUCCACCAAAGACCUCUUCGGAGAAAGAGUUGCUUUGUGGUUUAGCAGCGAUAGUCCAGGCAAUUGAGUUAAGUAGGAGUAUGUUUGAUAACAUGAAGAAAAUGACCUCAUUUAUGAUCAUAGGCAAGGUACCGCAAAUGAUGUCCUAUUUUUUCUACAUAGUUUUGCGAUCACCAGAACUGAUAGACUUCACAACGUUUUUAAUCCUGGAUUGGAUUGUGUUUACAAUGCCAGCGUACUGUAUACUGUGCGAGCGACCAGAAGGAAAAUUGUUGAGCCAGAAGCCACGAAAUCGACGCCUGGAAAGGUUUGCUGGGAGACAGAUGUUCUUUGUCAGCUUCAUAAAUGGAUUCUGGCACUCAAGUGUGCUUGUCACAAACUUCUGUGUAACGAUGAUUUCUCAGGGGUUUUUCAGUGGGCCUGUUUUUGGGAUGGGCUAUAUUUGGCACAACGUGCAGCAUAGCUUCAUAAACGACGCUCUAGGAACAGAGUGGACUUUCGAGAGCAGACAGACCGCUUUGAAAAUGGCGCAUGCUAGUAGUUUCUGGGCAAUUGUCGUGUGCCAAUGGAGCUUUUCAAUCUCGUGUAAAGCCAGAAAAUGCAGUGCUUUUAAACAAGGAUUGUUCAAAAACGGAUAUCUGUUGACUAGUUUGCUUGUGAUGUAUGGGUUAGCAAUUGUGCUGAUGUGUCUGAAUUCAUUCACGCGUGGAAUGGAGCUUGGUACCAUGAUGGUCGAAAUUGAUGACCUGUAUGAUUAUAUGUUUCCUGUGCCAGUUGCGAUUAUAUGUCUGGGCUAUGACGAAAUGCGACGACUGAUUAUCAGGAAGAUUCCAGAUGGGUGGCUUGAGGAAGAAACGUGUAUUUGAAAGCCGUUCUUAGAAAAGACAGCAACUCGUGCAAAGAAGGCUAUAGAUG